GGCAAAUGGUUAACCUUUUAAAACCGUUUGAAGAGGUUACAAGAUACAUUUGUGGAUCAAAGUAUCCUACUCUAAAUCUCAUAUAUCCUUAUAUACGAACUUUAAAAAGUAAAUUUGCUCCAAAAAGUGAAAAUAGAGAAUCAUUUGAAUCUUGGAUUAAUCUUAUUUAUGGUCCAGAAGAUCAAGAUUAUAAUGAUUCAAGUAUUAGUAGUGAUAAUGAAGCUGAUAUACCAUCAGCAGGAAAUCAGCGACAAUGGCAAUAUGUAUAUUGA